AUGCAGCCCUCAGAAACCUUUGUGGGAUCAAUCGAUCAAGGCACGACGAGCACCAGAUUCCUGAUAUUCAACCGCGAGGGCGAGCCAGUAGCAUCGCAUCAAGUCGAGUUCAGCCAAAUCUACCCGAAUCCGGGUUGGCAUGAGCAUAACCCCCUCGAGAUCGUAACCUCAGUAGAAACCUGCAUCGAAGAAGCCGUCCAGAAGUUCGAAGCGCAAGGCUACACCCGAAGUAGCAUCAAGAGCAUCGGAAUAACCAACCAACGCGAAACAACCAUAGUCUGGGACCACGAAACCGGCGAGCCCCUGUACAAUGCCAUUGUAUGGACAGACACACGGUCUCAGACGAUCGUCGCAGAACUGAAACAGAAACCAGGGGCAGGACAGCUCCAGACACGCUGCGGUCUGCCGCUGUCAACCUACUCGUCGGCUACAAAGCUGCUCUGGAUGUUGGCGCAUGUCCCAAGAGUGAAGGAUGCAUUUGACCGCGGCACACUAGCGUUUGGUACCGUUGAUGCUUGGCUAGUCUACCGUUUGAACGGUGGCGUGGCUGCCAACGUCUUUGUCUCGGAUUCGACAAACGCUUCGCGGACCAUGUUUGUGAAUCUGGAGACGUUGCGGUACGAUGAAGCGCUGCUGGACUUUUUUGGGAUCAGAGGAAAAGUUCAUCUGCCUAGGAUUGUGCCGUCGUCUGAUUCGACAGCGUAUGGGGUUAUUGCAUCUGGGGCUUUGGCACAGGUUCCGAUUAUGGGAUGUCUGGGGGAUCAGUCUGCAGCCUUGGUUGGGCAGAAAGGGUUCUCGCCUGGAAUGGCCAAGAACACUUAUGGUACUGGAUGCUUUCUUUUGUACAAUGUUGGUGACAAGCCAGUGGUCUCGACACAUGGAUUAUUGGCUACAGUAGCUUACCACUUUGGUGGAAAGCCUGUCUAUGCCCUUGAGGGGAGCAUUGCUGUAGCUGGGUCUGGGAUUAAAUUCUUGCAGAAUAACUUGAAUUUCUUUCAGGAAUCUAGGGAGGUCAAUGACCUUGCCUACUCGGUGGAUGACAGUGGCGGAUGUGUGUUUGUCACUGCCUUUAGUGGACUUUUUGCUCCUUAUUGGAUUGACGAUGCAAAAGGGACAAUCUUUGGGAUUACACAGUACACCCAAAAGGGCCAUAUUGCACGCGCUACUCUAGAAGCCACCUGCUUCCAGACUAAAGCAAUUCUAGAUGCAAUGGAGAAAGACAGCGGCCAUGCACUCUCUGAACUCGCUGUGGACGGGGGUAUGAGCAACUCAGACUUGGCAAUGCAGACUCAAGCAGAUCUGAUAUCCAUCCCCGUCUACCGCCCCAAGAUGCGCGAGACUACAGCACUAGGCGCAGCAAUUGCAGCCGGGCUCGCUGUUGGACUUUGGCGCAACUUUGCCGAGCUACGCGAUAUCAAUCGUUCUGGUGGCGCUGUUUUCGAGCCCCAGGUCCCACGAGAAGAGAGCGCUGCCAAAUUCGGACAAUGGGAAAGAGCUGUGCAAAUGAGUAGAGGCUGGGUGAGGUCUAAGAGCACUGUUCAAGAAGUUUUUCGUCCAACGAAUGAGACAUAUACACCGGCAAAAACCCACGAUCUCCCUCCACCCAAGGUGAUACAACUCUCGGAUAAUAACUUCAUCUCAGAGGUGGUCAAGAGCCCUACAUACACCACGGAGGUCAAGGGGAUCGCUCGUGUCUCAGUCAAGGAGAUCGAAUUCCUACCUCCACCCGUACAGACGGCACUAGGGAGUGUCCUGGGGGAUUUGGAUGAUGCGGACGAAGAGGAUUUGUUCCUGGAGUUGCGGAAAGUCGAGAUUUUGCAACGACUUAGGAAGAUACGGAAAAAGUCAAAUGGUUACUAG